AUGCCUCUGAUUGUGUGGAUUCUUGUCUCCUUUGGUUGUUGUUACCCCGUUGUGGUUGCUGUUGAGACGACCUCCAUCCUCUCUGAAGAACAUUCCCAGCUGACCGAUAUUGUUGUGAUGAUAAAGGCUUUCGAGAAUGCCUCUACCAGCGUCGCCGCCUCCCAGAUGCGCAACGCCCUCAAUGCCCUUGCCGAUACCGUUACAGACCCCAAAGAAAAGAAGCGUUUCGAAGCAGAAAUGGACAACUUCUUUUCGCUAUUUAGACGAUACCUAAACGACAAGGCCAAGGGCAACAUCCUGUCUUGGGAUCGCAUCGCUCCCCCACAGCCGAGCCAAGUUGUCGAGUACAGCGAUUUGGGGAAUUCUGCCUCAGUAGACUUUUUGAAGAAGUUGGCCGUGAUCAAGUUGAAUGGUGGCUUGGGAACGUCGAUGGGUUGUGUCGGGCCCAAAUCCGUCAUCGAGGUCAGAGACGGCAUGUCCUUCCUGGACUUGUCUGUCCGGCAGAUCGAGUACCUGAACCGAACCUACGACGUGAGCGUGCCAUUUGUGCUCAUGAACUCCUUCAAUACCGACGAGGAUACACAGUCGAUUAUCAAAAAGUACGAGGGACAUAACAUUGAUAUCUUGACGUUCAACCAAUCUCGAUAUCCUCGCAUUCUCAAAGAUUCUCUAUUGCCCGCCGCCAAGAGCUAUCAGUCUCCCAUCACUGACUGGUAUCCUCCCGGGCAUGGUGACGUUUUUGAGUCCCUCUAUAACUCUGGAACGUUAGACAAGCUCUUGGACAGAGGCGUUGAGAUUGUUUUCCUCUCCAACGCUGACAAUCUGGGUGCUGUCGUCGACAUGCGGAUUCUGGAGCACAUGGUAAAGAACAAGGCAGAAUACAUUAUGGAAAUAACAGACAAGACCAAAGCCGACGUCAAGGGUGGUACCAUCAUUGACUACGAGGGCCGGGCCCGCCUUCUCGAAAUCGCCCAAGUGCCCAAGGAGCAUGUGAAUGAAUUCAAAUCCAUCAAGAAAUUCAAAUACUUCAACACCAACAACAUCUGGAUGAACCUGCGCGCCAUCAAGCGCGUCGUCGAGCAGAACGAGCUCGAAAUGGAAAUCAUCCCCAACGACAAGUCCAUCCCCGCAGACCGCAAGGGCGAGGCCGACAUCUCCAUCAUCCAGCUCGAAACCGCCGUCGGCGCUGCCAUCCGCCACUUCAAGAACGCCCACGGUGUCAACGUGCCCCGCCGGCGCUUCCUGCCCGUCAAAACCUGCUCCGAUCUCAUGCUGGUCAAGUCCGACCUGUACACCCUCCAACACGGCCAGUUGGUCAUGGACCCGAACCGAUUCGGCGGCGCCCCGCUGAUCAAGCUCGGAACCGAUUUCAAGAAAGUCUCCGAUUUCCAGAAGCGGAUCCCCAGCAUCCCGCGGAUCUUGGAGCUCGACCACCUGACCAUUAGCGGCGCGGUUAAUCUGGGCCGCGGUGUGACGAUGAAGGGAACUGUGAUCAUUGUGGCAACGGAGGGGAGCACGAUUGAUAUCCCCCCCGGAUCUAUUCUCGAGAAUGUUGUUGUGCAGGGAAGUUUGAGGAUUUUGGAGCAUUAG